AACAACACACGUUCCGUCCUCUGGUCUGUCAGACGUCGCUCUGGAUGUUUAGAACUGCCCUGAAAAGAUUUGAGAACAUAUGGAAGUCGUACAGACACAGAUUCGUGCCUUGGGUUGUGCUCAACCUGUCUAAGAAUGAGAAGACCCUGCGGCAGGUGACGGGGCGCUCCGACGACAAGCUGGUCCCGGACGAGGAGGUUUCUCGGAGCCUGCUGAAGCUCUUCGGAGCGCUGCUCAGGGGCCGCGGGGCUCAAACGCACUUUGGAACAAGUGAAGCAGAGCAGCAUGCAGGAGGUCCACCGUGUGGACACAGUGCCAUGUUGCAGUGUCUGGGAUUCAGCAUCGCCCGGCAGCCCAGCACUUUGCCCUCUGCCGGAACUGGGGUGUUUGUCACCAAAGGGUUUGUACCGAGAGGGGCUACAGUUGCCAUGUACCCUGGUACAGUCUAUCAGGCCUACGAGCCCAUUCUCCUCCAGUCCAUCAGGAACCCGUUUGUAUUCAGGUGUAUCGAUGGUGUCCUGGUCGACGGCAACGACAGGGGCAUCUCCAAAAUGGUGUUCAAGUCAUGCAGCGGCCGGGACAGAUUGGGGCCCUUCAUGAUGAGUGACACCAGCUGGCUGACGGCCACCCCGCAAAACCCACUUGCUGUGGGUCAGUAUGUGAACAACUGCUCCAACGAGUGGCCUGCCAACGUGUGCUACCAGGAGUAUGAUGUGCCCGACAAGUUUCCCAUUGAGCUCCACCAAUAUCUCCCCAAUGUCAACUACAGCCUGGACAGGCGGAGCCCUCUGCGCUGUGUCGUCCUGGUGUCACUCAGAGACAUCACAGCAGGCGAGGAACUCUUCUCCAACUACUUCACCAUCGUGCAUUAGAGACAUGACACUCCACUGUUCUGCCGUCGUGUCAGAACAUUUUUCGUCAUUAUUUGUAUUUAAUUUUCAGAAAAACACGCUUUGUACACUCUUGUAAUACUCAUUCAGAAAUAAAGACAAAAUAUGUCCAA